GUCGAGGACGAUCAGUCCGUUAAGCACGUUCUCAGUUUGCAGCUCGUCUCGUUGUUGAGACAGCAGGCCUUCGUCAAUUUAGAUUUGCGCGCCGAGUAUUUUGUCGCCAACAGGAAGGUAGAGAUGAACAGGGGUCAGGACAGGGUGAAGGCGAUCAAAAAGGAGGACGGGGAGAUGGUUACCAACGAAGAGGAGAUCAGGGAGGAG